AUCGAUUAAAGCAGAGCCAUGUCUCUAAGGAGAAGAGCUUUCGGAAUUUUUCUUAUAAUUGCUUCUCUUCUUUUAUCGCUGGCUGGGAUUACAGGUCUGGGUGGUUCAUUCUUGCUGCAUAAAUACAGAGAUUACAGUAUUUUCUUUAGCAGCUUUUAUAUAAUUCUCCCUGCACUGCUGGCUGUUGUCGGAGGAGCCAUCCUCCUUAUCAGUGGAAGCAUUGGCUGUCUGGUGUCCAACAAAAAACCUUCAUGUCUACAUGGAUUGUUUGUGUAUUUUCUCAUUAUUGUGUUUUGCGUUGUGGUUACUACUGUAGCAUUGGCAUACACUCAUAAAAGGAAGCUUGAUGUGGACUUGGCUCCCCUUAAAGAUGUGUUUCAGAACUACAGUGGUAAUAUCCAAGAUCCUGAUACCAAAGCAGUAAAUGCCCUUCAGCGUGAGUUGCGGUGUUGUGGUGUUUACAACUACACAGACUGGUUAGAAACACCCUGGUUUAAUCACAGUAGGAAAUACGAAGUUCCUCUAAGCUGCUGCAACAAAAACUUUCACGACUGCAAUGGGACUUUAGACUCACCCCUGCUUCUCUAUAAUGAGGGCUGUCAAAAUAAACUUGAGGAGAAGUUACUACUUGUGUUGGACAUCAUCAUGAUGACUUCUUUAGUGGUUCUCUUUGUACUGGUAAUGUCUUGGAUUACAGUGGCACAGCUAAUGGGACAUCAACCCCCGCAAGAGUAUCGAAUCCUGGACAAAGAAUAAAAGUCACUGUUGGAAAUUAUAUCUUGCGACUUUUCUCAUGAAUGUGUAAACAAUG